AUGACUCGUUCCAAGACCAGGAGACUUCGAGAAGGAUUCAAUGAAGCUGUUGAGACCCUCCUCAACACCAUGUACCUUGGAGAUUUGCUCAAUACCCCGCCGCCUGACGAAAGCCGCUUGAGCAAUGACGUUAACCCCUUGAGCAACACCAUUGCCCCGAAACUAGCCUUAAUGGAGGACUUUGCACGCAUGAGCCUAGAGGAGGAUCACCCUCAUUUAAAGCAUUGUAAGUCUAUUUACUUGGCAGGUAAUGGAGUUCAGAACAAGUCAGAGCUUGAGGACAUGAUCAAGACCCGCAAUGUAGCCGACAAAGAGCUCAAGGAACGUGAAGACACUUUGGGAGCUACUGAAGAGGAGACACUUGAAGAUCUUCACCAACUCAACUCUCAAGGCACUGAAGAGGAAGGCUUCACCAUUGGACCAGCAAGGAACGGACCCGGACCAGACAAGCUCUACUCAACACCACCUCAGCUAUACUCGUGCCAAAAGCAGGUAUAUUCAGUUUGUACAAUUUGUGCAGGUAAGGGCGAGUAUCCCUAUGGUUAUUAG